AGAUCAUAUAAAAUACGUGUUAUUAGUGUUUUUCUUUCAAUUAGUGCCUCAAACAGUUGAAACCUUAUUACGAAAUAACAAUAUAAACUCAAGUGUUCCUAUCUUGAUGUCUACGUUUUAUAUUUAAAUGAGUUUUACCGUAUAAUUUCGAUCCUUAAUCAGGGUGAAUAAUCCUUGAUAAUCGCUCUUUGCAAGGACAAAUGCGUUUAGUUACUGUUUUAUCGUAGACGGUGCGGUGCGACAAAGAAGAAUCUUUCUAAUUUUCUGUAAUUAUAUAAUAAUUAGUUUUAAAUAAAAUUAAAAUGCAAAUGGCAACGUCGAUAGAGACAGAUACGGGAGAAAUGAUAGUUAAAAGAGUGAGUGUUCCUGUCGGACUAGAAGAAUUAAUGGAGGGUUUAACAAAAGAAGUUUUAUUAAAAAAGCCGAAAGAUAUUUAUCUCUUUGCUUCUGAGUACUUUGCCCAUUUACUUAAUCUUCGUGAAAAGGGAUCUCUUAAAGCAACACUUGGAAAAAGAGCUCAGUCUGUUACAAAACAAAUUCCGGCAAAUAAUUUAGAAAAAAAUUUAAAGACCAAGUCGAAUUCGGUAGAUGCGGUUAAAAAUCUUUCAAGACAGUUUAGUUUACGAUCAAAUUCUUCUUCACACAAAACUUUGACUACGAAAAAAAUGACGCUAGAAGACAAAAAUGCAGAAAAAGCUAAGUCAUUUCUCAAUAAGCGCAAAGCACGCAAAGACUCUAAAGAUAAUUCUUCGACAAGUACUUCAAGUAGUAAACCACAAAGCAAUGUUGAAAAAAGUGAGAAGAAAACUUCUCGUUUUAGAGAUCGGUCUGUAAAUAAAGAUGAACAAAAAAAAACACCUCGCAAACGCAGUCAAGAAGGAAUCAAACAAGAGAAAUCUUCUAGUAAAUCGAAGCUUGAAGAAAAAAAUAAAGAAAUGAGAAAACAUGUUACAAAAACAAAGAAUGAGGAAUCAUCGACAGAAAAUAAAAUUGAGGAUAUGAAAAAAGACGUCGAAAUAAUCGAUAAUAAAAAUCAAGAAAAAAAUAAUUGUAUCGGUUGUUCUAUAGCAUCUGAAAAGGCUACAGACAUUGUUGCUAUAAAAAACGAUAAUAAAAUCGAGACCGCAAAAACAAGAAUAUUAAAUGUAAAUGAAGAAAUAGAAACACCAAGUAAUAAUCAAACUGAUAGUAACAAUAAUAAGGAAACCGAUAACACAGUAAGUUCCAUUGAUGAGGUAGAUAGUAAUGAUUUCAAUAAAAUUAGUGAAAUAACCACCAAUGAAGCAGAAGACAAGGAAAAGAAAAAUAAUAUUGAAGGACAAGAAACUGAGAUGAAAACUGAAAAUUGUGUAUUAAAUAAGCAAGAAUUGACUGAUUCUCACAGUGAAGGAAGUAAAGAAAAUUUAAAUAAAACAACGGAAGAAGCAGAGAAAAAUUCUUUGAAUGCGAUCUCAUCUAUAGAAAGUGAAGAAAAAAGUUUACAGCAAAAUGAAAAACCAAACGAACAGAUUCAAACACAAGAGAUGAACAAAACAACAUCAAAGUCAAUCGAUUCCCACAGUGAAAAAAACGACAGUGAAGAAAAUUUAAACAAAGUAGCGAAAGAACUACUUUUAGAGGAAAAAUCAUUAAAUACGAUCUCAUCUAUAGAAAGUGAAGAAAAAAGUUUACAACAAAACGAAAAGCCAAAAGAACAAAUUCAAACACAAGAGAUGAACAAAACAAAACCAAAGUCAAUAGAUUCCCACGGUGAAGAAAACAACGAAAGUGAAGAAAAUUUAAACAAAGCACCGAAAGAAUUACUUUUAGAGGAAAAAUCAUUAAAUACGAUCUCAUCUAUAGAAAGUGAAGAAAAAAGUUUACAACAAAACGAAAAACCAAAAGAACAAAUUCAAACACAAGAGAUGAACAAAACAAAACCAAAGUCAAUAGAUUCCCACAGUAAAGAAAACAACGUAAGUGAAGAAAAUUUAAACAAAGCAUCCAAAGAAGAAGUAAAUAAGAAAUCUUUAAAUAUGAUCUUACCUGCGGAAUGUGAAGAAAGAAGUUUACAACGAAAUGAAAAACCAAAAGAACAAAUUCAAACACAAGAGAUGAACAAAACAACAUCAAAGUCAAUCGAUUCCCACAGUGAAGAAAACAACGACAAUGAAGAAAAUUUAAACAAAGCACCGAAAGAAUUACUUUUAGAGCAAAAACCUUUAAAUACGAUCUCAUCUAUAGAAAGUGAAGAUAAGAGUUUACAACAGAACGAAAAAGCAAAAGAACAAAUUCAAACACACGACAUGAACAAAACAACAUCAAAGUCGAUGGAUUCCCAUAGUGAAGAAAACAACGAAAGUGAAGAAAAUUUAAACAAAGCACCGAAAGAAUUACUUUUAGAGGAAAAAUCUUUAAAUACGAUCUCAUCUAUAGAAAGUGAAGAAAAAAGUUUACAACAAAACGAAAAACCAAGGGAACAAAUUCAAACACAAGAGAUGAACAAAACAACAUCAAAGACAAUAGAUUCCCCCAGUGAACAAAACAACGUAAGAGAAGAAAAUUUAAACAAAGCACCGAAAGAAAAAGUGAAGGAAAAAUCUUUGAGUACGAUCUCAUCUAUAGAUGAAAAUGAUAAAAAAAAUAAAGAAAAAAGUUUACAACAAAAUGAAAAACUAACUGAACAAAUGCAAACACAAGACAUGAAUAAAACAAUAAUAAAUAAAUUUGAUUCUGCUAAAGAAGAUUUAACUACGGAUUUAGAAACUGUAAAUAAAGAGCAAAUAAACACACAACUAUCCGACAAAAUAACUAAUAAAAUUGCAAAUCAGGAAAAAGAUAUAAGCAAUAAAACUGAAAUAAAAAAUGAUGAAGUAAAUAUAGAUGAUGUAGGGAAUACGAGUGAUAAAAAUAAAACAUUUACUAAAAAAACAAAGGAUUAUGAUAACAAUAAGACUGACAUGGAUACUAAAAGUUCAAGCAAAGCUAAUUAUGAAACUGAUAAGAAAGAAAAUAUGAAAAAGCCAACAAAAGAAAAAGAAAUUUUAUCCGACAAAGUCACAAAAGAACGUACCAAUCAUCAGGAAAAAGAUAAAACCAAUGAAACUGAAACAAAAAGUGACAAAGUAAAUAAAAUAGACCGUAAAGGAAAUACGAGAGAUAAAAACAACGCAUCUCCUGAAGAAGCAGUGAAUUCUAAUGUCAAGUAUUCUACAAGUUCUAAUAAAGAUCUGGAUAAAAUGGAUAACAAAGAAAAUGAAAAAAUAUCCGUCGAAAGUAAUAAUGAAGAUGCAAAUAAAAAUCAGGAAUUUAAAGAAAAAACAGACACUAAUAAUACAACACAAGCAAAGGAAGAAAAAGUGUCAACCAAAAACGGAGAUGUGCAAGAAAUGACAAAAGAAAAUAAAAGUAAUAAAGAAGAACAAAAAAUUGUCAAAUCAAAAGACAAUAUUAAAAUCAAAAACAGCAAAUCAAAAUCUCUUUCACAAGAAAACUUAAAAACUAAGGACGAAAAGGCGAUUCGAAAUGUGAAACGAAUUAAAUCAGUAGAUUUAAUAAAUAAAAAUCAAUUAGAAGCAACAAAAUCAAAAACAUUUGUAAAAACAAAUAAACAACAAAAUGAAAAACUUAAUCAUAAAACUACGAAAGAUUUAAUUGUUGCUGCAGAUAACAAAAAUGUGAGAAUAAGAAGAUCUACAUCAGCUGAUGUAAAAGAAACAAAUUUGAGUAAAACUGCUAAACAGACAAGUUUCGAUUCAUCCAAGCUUCGUGAAGAACUGAAACAAGUUGACGAAAUAAGCAAAGUGACUACUUUUAAAACAAGUUAUAAUCCUUAUAUAUUAAGACAAGAAAUUAAACAAGUAUCUCAAAGUCAGAAGUCUGAAGAGGCAAAUGUGUUUGAAAAAAUUGCUACCGACGUUGCUGCAGCAAUAAGAAUACAAUCAGUAUGGAGAGGAUUUAUUGUAAGAAAACGGACAAAAAAAUUACAGAGUAAUAGUGAAAAUGAAGACGACACCACGGUUGUGGAAGAAAUUAAACAAGCAAUUGACAAAAGUAAGUUUGAAGAAAAAAGUGGUGGAUUUAAAGAUAUUGCUAAAGAUGUAGCUGCUGCUAUAAGAAUUCAGGCAGUGUGGAGAGGAUUUCUAGUAAGAAAGAAGAACAAUAAACUAUUUCAAUCUGUCAUAGACUGUCAAGAAGAUGAGACUAAAGCGGAUAAAGAAGAACAUGAACAAAUAGAGAAGAAAAAUCUUAAAGAAACAUCUGAAAAAAUUAAACCUCAAAACACGGAAACUCCAGGAAAUGACAGUGGAUUUGAAAAUAUUGCUAAAGAUGUUACUGCAGCAAUAAAAAUUCAGUCAAUGUGGAAAAAAUUUCUUUCAAGAAAAAGAAAUAAAAAUUUGCAUCAACUUGUUGAAAAUCACGAAAAAGAUGCCAUUAAAGCGGUCGAGACUAACAAAGAAAUAGAGAAAAAAAUUGUCAAACACACAUCUGAUCAAAAUAAAAUCGAGGACAAAAGUAAUAAGUUAGAAAACAUCGUUAAGGAUGUUGCAGCAGCAAUAAAAAUACAAUCGAUAUGGAGAGGAUUUCGAGUGAGAAAAAAAACAGAAACAUCUGAUAACAGCGUUACAUGGGAUGAAAACAAGUCUAAGGAAAUAGGGGAUAAAAAAAUGGAAAACAGAAGAGAAAAAUUAGAUCCGAAUAUUGAAACUAAUAACGUCCAACAAAAUAAUACAGACAAAGACAUUUCUGAAAAUGAUAAAGAAAAGGAAAAUAUAACCAAAAGUGGAGUUGACGAUGAGAAAAACAUUAUAACUUCUGUGGGAAGGGAAGAAAAGCUGGAAACUAAUAAAGUAGAGAAAAGUGAAAACAAAAGUGAAGACGAUGAAAAAGUGGACAAAGUUACCAAUUUGGAAUUGGAUAUCACUGAAAAAAAUAAAGCUACAGAAUUUAAAAACAAAUCCGAUGACAGUAAAACCUCUAGUUCAGGAAAGGUAGGCAACAAUAAAACAAUGAAAAAUGUUGAAAGAACAGAUUUGGAAAGUCAUAAUAAUACAGAACCCAUAGCAAAAAUCAAUGUUGAAAAUGCUUCAAAACAAACACAAAUAAAGAACAUAAAUAAAAAUGCAACACAUAAAAAGGACACGAGCAAAGGAGAGCUAACAGACAAAAUAAAAUUAACCGACUUGGAUACUUCUUCCUUGGAAAAAGAGUCAAUGUCAAAUCAAAAAGAUCAAAAAAAACCUAAACAAGAAAAUGAAAAAAUUGCGAAAAAGGAAGAUAAAACGGAAGAACAAGAAGAAACGAAAUCAGAAAAUAAGACUAUACAAAAUAUUGAAAAACAAAACAAAAAAGAAACUAUUGAUAAUGUAACAGAAGAUAAAAAGCAAGAAACAAAUAAUCAAAUCAAGCAAGAAAAAGAAACGGUCCAGAAAGCUCAGACGCAACUGAACGAAAAUAUUGCUGUUGAGAAGAAUAGUAAAAUAAAUUUGUCACAAGAAAGAGAAAAUAUCGAAGAUCAAAAUACUCAACCUUUGAGCGAGAUAGAAGUACAAGAUACGGCAAAUACAGUACAAAAUAAAAACAACACCAAUUGGUCUUCUACUGAGAAAGAUGUAGAAGAAGCAAUGAGUAGUACUGUUAAUGAUGCCAAGAAAGAAACCAAAGAAGAUAAAAAAGAAAGUUCACUAAUAAAUAAAGAUAAAACAGAACAAGAUGAUAGAAAAGAAAAAGAAUAUUCUGUUGAAAUCGAAAAGUUUAAUGUCAAAAACGGAAGAAUUAAACCGGAGAAUGAUAAAAAAAGUGCCUCCUCUGAGAAAAAUUUAAAACGAUUAGAUGAUGCAGAUGUUAGAAAUCAAGAAACACAAAAUUUUGCCGAAAAAGAAGAAGAUACAAAUGACAUAAAUGAAACAAAAAAUAAUACAACAAAAUUAACUGGUGAAAAUGGUAUUGAUAAUAUACGUGAAAAUUUAUUGCAGUCUACUAAUAAUAACGUUCCAGAGGAAGAUAAUAAAACCGAUUCUAAAAUAAAAUCAAAUAAAGAAAGAAAUGAAGAAAAAAUCAAAAAAGUGACAGAAAACAUCUCUGAUGAAAUACAAACUGUUAGAAGUGAUGAAAAAAAUGUAGGAAGUUCCAAAAACAGUAAAGACGAAAAUGAUGUAAAUAUAGAAAACAAGAAAAUUAACGACAAACGAGAAAAUCAAGACAUAAACAGCAAUUCAGAACAAAACGAAUCGAAAUCUAUUAAAACAGAAACAGAAAUUUCAAAAAUUGAAAACAAUGAAGAAUUAAGCAGCAAGUCUCAAAACCAAAGUGCUUUCAACAAUUUGGAAAAGCUCAUUAAGAACAAAAAUAGAAAAAGCGAAAAAACCAUAUCUAAUGAAAAAAUAAACGAAAUACAACAAAACCAAAAACCAGACAAAGAAACAAAAAUUGAACGCGAGUCACAAGAGGAAUUACUAAUUAGUAAGAAGAUAACCACCCCUGAAAAAAAAAGUACAAAAAAGUUAGAGAGUGAAGAGACGAGAAAACCGAUAUCUCUAGCUGAUGCUGUUUUAAAAAUCCAAGCUGUAUGGCGUGGUUUUAGAGUUAGAAAGCAAUUUGAAAAAGUUUUUGGAACUUCCGUUAAAGAGGAGGUGAAAAACAAAGAAGAAUUGGAAGUCAGAAAGAUGGAUAAAAAUAAAGCUGUAUCAAAAAUUCAAGCUCUGUGGAGAGGUUACAAAGUACGAAAAGGUAUCAGAGAGUUCGAUAAGAAGUUAUCGGAGCAACAACAACCGGCAGAAUGUGAUGAACUUCCUUGGCAUCGAGGAUUAAGCGAAGACGCUAUUUUUAAGGCCGCUUCCAAAAUUCAAGCCGGUGUAAGAGGAUACAUGAUUCGUAAAAAAGGAACCCACAAUAAGGGUACAUUGAAGAGUAUUACUGAAGAACCUACAGACGAAAACCUGUCCGAUGAACAAGUUUUAGAAGCGUUGAAUAGUUUACAAGAAAUUCCCGAAGAACUUCCUAUUAUAAAAACAGAAAAAAAUCCAGAAAAGUCUGUUUCACUCACAAGUGAAUCCAACAAACCUAAUCAGUCACGACCAAUUUUAAAUAAAAAUGAACUUGGCAGCAACCUAGAAAAACCGAAAGAAUCAAUUAAAGCUACAACAGGAAACGAAAUUUCUAAAAAUAAUACAACUGAAUCCAAAGAAGAUAAUAAAACCACCGAAAACGAUGUUGAAUUUAUUGCUGGGGAAUUAAACUCUUCCACUACAAAUAAACUCUCCAAUUCAAAUUCCGCUCCGUUAAUUGAUGAUUCUAUUUCUAAUGGUGUUGUAAACAAAGACGAAGUUGACCCAAUUUCACGUGAAGAACCUGGAUAUGAAGAUGCACCCACGCGUCCUGCAACAUCUAAUAAAGCAGAAGAUGAUAAAGAAAAUAAACAGACUGGUAAAAACGCUGUAAAAGUGGAACCUGAACGAUUUUUAAGUCAAAAGUCAACAAAUUCUGGCGAUUCUAUUGCGACAGUAAUUCGUAAUGACGAUCCAAAAUCUACAUCAGAAGAAAUGGCCACCAAAAAAGAAUCUUCUAAUAAAUCUAAUCAAAAAUUAUCAGAAGAUAAAGCUGAAGCUCUUUUAAAUGCAGUAGAGGAUGAAGAAGCAAAAACUCUUGAUAUUAAUGCCGAAAUUGCUAAAAUGAGCAAAUCGGUUUUGGAAGAAGAAAUUGAAAACUACAACAAACAUCUACAAGAAAUGGCCGCUAAGAACUACGAAGAGUUUAUUGAUACUCGUACUGCUAAAAACCAAUCAAAUGAUGUAACUAAUAAUAAACUCAAAAGUGAACUUAAAAACAACGACAUAAAUAAUAAAUUAAAUAAGGCAUCUCUAGAAACUGAAAUCGAAAAGUUUAGCAAACAUUUGCAAAAGGAAACAACGGAAAAAAAGGAUAUCAGUACUGAAACUAAAUCUGAAAAACAUGAAGAAAAUCCGGCAGUAAACAAUACUAAAACAGAAAAAGAAAUUCUUCGUGUUCACAUUCCUUUGAGAGAAUUAUCCGAUAUUAAAGAAGAAGAUGCAGAUGAUAAAUCUCCAAUGGAUACAAGCAAAAAUUUGGAAAUUGAAAAAGAAGAAAAAACUUCGCAAACUUCUCAGAAAUCUUCAACCACAACAAUCAGCCUAGUUCACAGUGGAGAGCUCCACGACGCCAUCGCCGUACCCAUUCCUGUAACUCCCCCAACUCGAGCAUCCCCUGAAGGAGGUAAAGCUCAACAAACAGGUCAAACAUCGCCCCAAGGUCUAGUAAAUACAGGAGAACUCCACGAUAACGUUGUCCCUUUAUCAGUUCAGCUAAACGAAGCUCCACCAGCAGGUGCUGAGGUCCUGACGUCACACGUGUCCAAUUCAAUCACCACCGAGGCGCAAGCGUCAAAUAAAGACGCCUCAACAUGUGAGACUCAGCCAGACAAGACAACGCCGUCGUCAGAUAGUAUGGAAACAGAGAAACGAAACAACGCAUCUAUACAGAAGAAAAGCAUGGAAGCUGAAGCCGCCACCAAGAUUCAAGCCGGAUUCCGGGGCUAUCAAGUACGGAAGCAACUGAAAAACAAGAUCAGCGCUCCCGGAGACAUUUCCAACCAGCGCCGCUCCGCCCGCCGUAAGAGUUCCGGGAGAUUGACGGAUUCCGGAAGGAUAACACAAAACAAAUCAAAAUCACCAUCAGACAUUGAAGAGAAAUCCGCCGUGAAGAUCCAAGCCGGCGUUCGCGGCUUUUUGGUGCGUAGACGACAGAAGAAGCAAAACCAAGGGAAGGAGUCAUCGUAAAGUUCACGAAAAUAGCACACCGCUUUUUAGCUGGCCGUUUCACCAUCACGACCAUGAAAAACUGGUGCAAGUUCAUUCAUAUAAAUAUUUCCACAAUAUAAAUGAUGUGAUUUCGUUUAUUUGUAAUUGCAGGCUAUUUUCGUUUAGUAUUAACCUCAAUUUGAUAUUUUUCGGUUCGGUAGCAUUUCUAAAAAUGGAUUCAGAAGGAUCAUCAGCCGUCCAUUACUGAUUUGAAAGCACUCAAAAUACAUAAUAAACAACACUAUUUGUAAAGCUAGUAGACUUGUAUGUUAUGAUUCCAGUAAUAUUUAUAAUAUUUAAGCACUUUCCAAAUAAUGACGUAUAAUUAGCGAUGAUGAAUGAGUGUACACAAACUUUAGUUUUAUCCAAAAAUAACUUUAUUUUGAAUUAACUAUGUCUCAUCGGAUAUUUCUUUGGCUAGUAAGGAAGUCACUUUUUAUAAAAACGGUAUUAGUUUUACUGAGACAAGGACGAGGAUAUCAAGAUAUUCGCAAGAAAAUGUGUUAUUGAAUGUAGUACAGUUGGAAAGGACAGAAAAUAAACUCUUUGUAGUUGUUGACACACUACUAUUUAUUACCUAAUUAAAAUUAAAAACUUGUAUUUAUUUGCUUUCUGGUCUGGAAUUAUUUAAAUUGGAAUAAACUUAGAUGUGUACAACUUAUUCAUCUGUUUAUUGUUAAUGUUUAGAUUACUAAAUACAAGAUUCUGUAUUUAUAUUUUCUUAAGUUAAGUCUAAUAAAAAAUGCAAAAAUUA